UGCGGCUCCAACUACCCAAACACGUCUUUCUUGUCUACCAUAGCCAUCAAACACGAAAGUGAUUGAUCUUCACAGGCAGCCUGGGCUUGUUCCUGCGGUGUGUCAUUGUUGUAAGCAGAUAAGGAUCCUGGUUCAGGUGCCUCUGCUGUAUCCCAAAAACUAGGGUCUGAUAUCCCAAAGCCUUUUGCUCAUCCUCUUUGAUCGUCAAACCAUGUCUGAUCCACCCAAAUUCUCGUUUGGCGGCACGCCCACCUCAGGAGCCGGAGGCUCAGGGCUUUUCGGACAGUCUACUACGCCAGCUACCGGUCCUUCAGGGCUCUUUGGCUCAAAUCCGACUGGAGUUUCGACCUCUGGCUCGACGCCCGCGUUUGGUGCCACAUCCAAUACAUCUCAGCCACCUUCUCUCUUUAGCCCUAAACCGGCAACCUCGAACCAAGGUAGCAACAUCUUCGGCGGCGGAAGUGGAACGGGAACGAGCAAUUUAUUUGGAGGCGCAGGAAAUACUCCAUCGACUGGAUUCAGCUUCGGACAAAAACCUGCGACUGGCGGUGGAGAUAACAAAAGUGCAAGCCCAUUUCCUGCAUUCUCUACACCGAACAAGCCUUCGACGCCGUCCACUUCAGAGCAGACGCAGACGAGUUCCCUCUUUGGCGCCGCAGCUAAACCAAGCGCCCCUCUCUUUGCGGGAUCCAACAAUCCAUCAUCUGCUGCUGGUUCAACGACACCUGCACCAAACAAGCCCCUCUUCGGAAGUCUCUCUACUACACCGGCCGGGCCACCACCCGCGGGUGCUUCGACUGAGAAUACAGGUUCUGGCGCGGGUUUGAAUGCUCAAAACCCAGCCCCACAACUCGGUGGACUAUUCGGAGCUUCGAAUGCGCCGCAAGCCUCUUCGGAACAGAAGCCCGGUGCAAGCGCUCCGUCCGGGGGCCUUUUCGGCGGCUCGAGCUUGUUCAGUGGAGCGCAGAAGCCUCAAACCAGCGACACUACAGCUAAACCGACAGAGACACAGCCUCCCUCGCUGUUUGGAAGCAGCACUGCAAAUACAACCUCGAACUUGUUCCAAUCCCCGGCUGCUCAGCCCUCUGGAAAUCUCUUCGGAAACUUGGGCAAACCCGCCACCGAUACCGCUUCGACCACUGGUGCUGGUGCAAAACCGACUGGAACAACCGCCUCUGCUACUGAUUCUGCAUCAAAGGGUAACGAGACUGAGCAAGCGCCCAAACCUCAGGGGCUUUUUGGCGGCGCUAGCACCCAGCCCGCGAAAUCCCCUUUCUCAUUCCCAUCUUCCAACGCCGCGUCGACUCAGUCGUCAUCGACACCUACAGCAACUACAACUGCUGGAUCUGGUUCUACGUUGUUCGGCGGCAAGCCUCCUGCUCCGACCACAGCACCUUCCUCUACCUCUGCAGAUGCCAAAAGCGGAGGCUUGUUCGGUAAUCUCAACAAGACCCCUGGGCAAUCUUCGACGACCGCCGCUGCAACUCCCAGUACGACGGCAACGAGUGGCCCAAGUCAGACACAACCUACGAGUGGGGAAUCGGCGCCGAGUUCAUCGUUGUUUGGAAACAAGCCAGCUUCAACCACCACCCCACAACCAACAACCACUGGCGCGCCCGGCGGAGGUUUGUUCGGCGGCGCUAACAAACAAGCCCCGGCCACCUCAACUCAACCUUCAGCAACGGCAACUUCGACUGCUGCCUCUGCACCCGCUGGAGGGCUCGGCGCUUCAACUGCAGGACCCGCGCCGCCUGCGCAAUCCCGGCUUAAGAACAAAUCUAUGGACGACAUUAUUACCCGAUGGGCUUCGGACCUGUCUAAAUAUCAAAAGCAAUUUCAGCAGCAAGCUCAGAAAGUAGCUGACUGGGAUCGCAUGCUUGUAGAGAACAGCGAUAAAAUUUCUAACCUCUAUGCUAGCACUUUUGAGGCGCAAAGAGCCAGCUCUGAGGUGGAGAGACAAUUGACCGCCGUGGAGAGCCAGCAGGACGAACUCAGUGGCUGGCUCGAUCGAUACGAGAGAGAAGUUGAUGAUAUGAUGUCUCGGCAGAUCGGCCAGGGCGAGGGACUGCAGGGCCCUGAUCAAGAGAGAGAGAGAACCUACAAACUCGCCGAGAAACUUUCUGAGCGCCUUGACGAAAUGGGCAAGGAUCUCACCAGUAUGAUUGACGAAGUUAACAACGCUUCUUCCACACUUAGCAAGACCAGCAAGGCUGGCGAUCCGCUUUCCCAAAUUGUGAAAGUCCUUAAUGGCCACCUUUCCCAACUUCAGCUUAUCGACCAGGGCGCUGCAAAGCUUCAAGCCAAAGUUGCUGCCGCUCAAAAGGCUGGACAGGGUCUUGGUAUGAACGGUUAUAAUGGCUCGCGUCAUGAUGCAGCAGAUGACUUUUAUCGUUCUUACAUGGGUCGGAGAUGAUUUAUUUAAGUGAAGGUGGCUUAUGGUCUUUCUUCAUUGAGUAUCCAGUCAGGAAUUUGUUUUAACAAUUGUUAUAAGCGGCGUCAUACGUGUAUUAUAGGUUGCAGAGGGUUAUUAAAAUCAUCACCUUAGUUUUUCAAAGAAAUGAAUGCCAUUUCUCGCAAAGCGAUCAUAGUAUUAACAGAUGAUAAGGACU